UGCUAGUUGCAGCCGUGGAGGACCUCCCUUAGUGUGUUGAGGCAGUUUUCCCUCAUCACAGAUUUAUUGGAUAUGAUAGUAAUUCCAAUGCCUUUACAUUAAGAUCAUUACGAUGUAGAUCAAAGGUAUAAUAAACAUCGAUGAAUAUGGCUAGAUGCCGCUACACGUUGGUCGUCCGCCAUAUCGGUACAUUGCGAACAAUAAAGAACCAGAACAGAGGGUGGCGAUAAUGCGCCUUAACCUCGGUGAACCAAAAAACACAAAAACCGAAAAAAAGAAGAACAAAAAAUAUGCGGCGGAUAAGAUGAAGGUAAAAAUAAAGCAGUGGAAUGGUGUGGCAUCCUGGUUGUGGGUAGCCAACGACGAAAACUGUGGCAUCUGCCGAGCACCUUUCAAUGGCUGUUGCCCAGACUGCAAGGUCCCAGGAGAUGACUGCCCACUCGUCUGGGGUCAGUGUUCGCACUGUUUCCACAUGCACUGCAUCCUGAAGUGGCUGAACUCGCAGCAGGUGCAGCAGCAGUGCCCCAUGUGCCGUCAGGAGUGGAAAUUUAAAGAGGGUGACACUUCAUGAGGAGAUUAAAUAAGUGCUUGAUCAAACGGGUGCUGUUGUGUAUUAUGUGUUUGUAAAAACUUUGAAUGAAAAGUCCUACAAAAUAAAAAAACAUUUGAAAAUUA